CUGGUUUGCAGAAUUAUUUCCCUAUCCUUUUCUGAAACCUAUUCAACGUGGAAUUGAACAAUAGCAACUCUGGCAAGAAUCCUCCUAUAUACACAAUGACAAAAUAGUUCUGGGCUUGGAAGUGAUUAACGCAAGUGUGACACUCCUUUUCACAGCCACUGAAAGGCAGGAGUUAGUCCGGCUAAGGUCGCAGGACCUUCUAAUGGCUUUGGUAUUUCGAGCUGUGGCACAAUUAGCAGGAAUUUUGUUAUCUUUGCUGGGAUGGGUUUUAUCUUGUCUUACAAACUACCUGCCGCAAUGGAAGAACCUCAACCUGGACUUAAAUGAGAUGGAAAACUGGACCAUGGGACUCUGGCAAACCUGUGUCAUCCAAGAGGAAGUGGGCUGGCAAUGUAAGGACUUUGAUUCUUUUCUGGCUUUGCCGGCCGAGCUCAGGAUCUCCAGGGUUUUAAUGUUCCUGUCAAAUGGGCUGGGAUUCCUGGGCCUGCUGGUCUCGGGGCUCGGCCUGGACUGCUUGAGAAUUGGAGAGACACAGCAGGACGUCAAGAAGCGGCUGCUGAUCCUGGGAGGAAUUCUGUCCUGGACAGCAGGCAUCGCAGCCCUGGUUCCUGUCUCUUGGGUUGCCCACAUGACAGUCCAGGAGUUCUGGGAUGAGACCCUCUCAGAGGUUGUGCCCAGGUGGGAGUUUGGGGACGCCCUCUUUAUCGGCUGGUUUGCUGGCUUUUUUCUCCUGCUAGGAGGGUGUCUGCUGAGCUGGGCAGCCUGCGGGACCCGGGCUCCCCUAGCUUCUGGCCGCUACGCAGUGGUGGAAACUGGGCAUCACCGUGUACACCCGGAGAUGAAAACCACUCACCUGUAACUCUAAGCCAGAAGGGAUCAGUGGUGUCUACUCCCCAGAUGAUUUGACACAUAGAAAAGGACAAAAAGGAAGUUGUUUUAAGGAAACAAGCUGUUCCAACAGAGGU